AUAAUUGUUGUUGGUUGCGAAUCGUAAACAAACAUAACAUUCUAACCUACAAAUAUAACAUUGUUUUUACCUCUUUAAGUUUGUAAAAAGGUAAUUAAUAAUCUAAAAAGCAGCGUAGUUUGGUGGUGUUUAAAACUACUGAUUUCAGUAAUUUAUUGUAAAUUAAAUGAAUCAUUAGUAAAACCUUUUUUGUAUAAUGGAAGUGUUAUAAUAAGUAUUUGGUCAAGAUGAUGUCAGAUGAGUCUGAAAACGAUGGAAUUUAUAUAGAAAAUAACUAUGAAAACGACGUUUAUUACAAAAAAUAUAAACUGCUACUAGACAGGUGUGAAGCAAUUCAAAAACAGAAUGAAAGACUUGUGUAUAGAAUCCAACAAGUUAAGAAAAUUACAAAAAGACGACAUGAGCAUGUCCAAGUACUAAAAGAUCGUUUAUAUAGGCUCCAUGGUGAGAAUUGGAAAAUCAUACCAAACAUCGAAAUUAAAAAGGAAGAAGAUACUGUUUAUCACAAUCCAAAAGUCAAACAAGAAAAAGUGGAUGAAUUUACAGAAGACAAACAUGAAAAACAUAAGCCUUUGAAGAAAUCUAGUAAACGUAAAAGUACAAAAACCGAUAAAGACCCAAAUGCCCCAAAAAGGCCCUCCAAUCCUUUUUUUCAGUUUUGUCAGGAACAGAGGCAAAUUCUCAUGGAACAAAUAAAUUCAGAACUUAAACCUGGUGAAGCAGAACCCACUAAGCAGGAAUUAACAAGACAAUUGGCUUUAAAGUGGAAAUCAUUAUCAGGAAAUGAUAAAAAAGUGUAUGUUGACAUGUAUGAACGUUCUAAAGAAAAAUAUGCUGCUGAAAUGUCAGAAUAUAUUAUGAAAAAAUAAUAUACAUAUAUUAUGACUGUGAUUAAUUCAUUUAUUUGUAAUUAAAAAUGCAUAAAAC